GUAUCCAUGGCAAUCCUAUGUUUCUGAAAUGUUAGCGAGUUAUCUGAAAUAUAAUACUAACAAGUUACCUAACAUUUAGCUUUACUAGCUAGCUAGCAAUAAGCUAUAGAUUGGCAAUGGUUAGCAAUCUUGUUAGCAGUAGAAUACAAAUUGAGAUUUUAAUUUGAGCAAAUGUCAUUAUCACAUGUAGGCUGUGUGUAACCAGACAUUAACGUUGGUGCAUGUUUUCUUACUUUUAGGCCGUUCUUCUGUAAAUAAAUCAAUAACUAUAUCACCAAAUGUUGUUCAAGAAGAACCGCCAUGCUUGCGCACGCGCUUUUGAUUGAUUUCGGAGUCACUUGGGCCGGGGGUGUUGUUUCCUCCACGACCAUACGACAGCUAGAAGAUGGCGAUGAAACGAACAUCAGUUUAUACACUAUGUGUACUGUUUAUGUCAUUCAUUUUCGCUGAGUCUUCACCUCGACAAUUGAACACGGAAAGUAUUCUGAUCAAUGUGACAGCAGGGACAUUGAAUGAUACACAGGUGCAGGAGUCCAACAACUUGCAGAUCAACCUGAAUAUUUCAGUGGAUGAAGAGCAGGUGCUCAUCAAUGACAUCCCUGUGGAGUUGUCAGGGGUGACCAGGUUGAACUGCCAAGCCUUGCUGUUGGAUACCACCAAUGGCACAAGUGAAUUUGAAUCUGGUGACUAUGUCUCCACUGUCACCCGGGUGAUGGUGAGCCAGAAUCGCUUGUGGAGUGAUUCAGAAGAGGUGGUGGCUCUCCAAGUGUUCAGCGAGGUCAUCGAGAUGGAGGGGAAAAAGGUCCAGCAGCCAGAAAUGUGUGAAGUGAAGAUACUGAUGAGCCCCAAUUUCCAGACGCUUGCUCAGUAUACCAACACCUAUCCCAUUGGACACAGUGAGAUUUUCAGGAUCCCAAGGGAAAAUGAUGUGGUCAUCACAGAUCCAACAAAUCCUAAAAAAGCUGAAGACCAAGUGAUGUCCCAGACCACCAGUCAUUACCCUCUGAAGCAUGCGGACACCACCCAGGAGGAGACUGCUGCCCCAGGCAAGCUCCCUGAGACUCCCCUUCGCAUGGACCCAGACCUGCUGUAUGAUAACAAUGAUGAGGGUGAUGACUUGGGAGUGCUGUCGGAUCAGAUGCAGACAGAGGCACCACUCAAAGAAUCUAUUUCUUCUUACAGUGCCAUGUGUCGAUGGGUGGAGGAGGUGAGGGACCGCCUGCGACGCUUCUGGUCUGAGUCCUUGCCCCUGUUCUUCUUGGUCAUGUGGGUGGUAGUGAUUGGUGUGGUUGGGUCAGCGGUCAUUGUCAAGAUCCUGGACAUGUUCUUCCCAACAUGCGAACACAAGGGAAUUUCCCAUUUAAAUCCUGUGACUCUGAUGCCGGAAGAUGAGAAACACACCCUGCUGGAGAACAUUGAAAUAGAGGUAGAGGAGGUGAAAAGGCCUUCAAUGAAAACUGAAGAUGGAUGAAGUGGAGUCUGAUUGCAUCUGUUGAAAACACAAGGCAUUAUGUGGUUAGAGAAACCAUAAUCUCUUUGUAGCACUUAUUUCACAUGCAUUGCAAACACAACAUGUUUAACUUUAUUUCUCAAACAUUAUAUCCUCCUCUCAAAGACGGAAUCUGAAAUGUUACUACUUUAAGCAGAGCUGCAUACUGCAUUAUUUUUCAUAUUCUGAUUGUGUUACCUCACAGUGCCUCUGUAACCAUUCUACUUUGCAUUAUGAAAUACUGACUUCCUAUUGGCUUAUUUUUGAUUGCUCAUUUCAUAAUAUUUUAUCAUUCUGACUGGAGGAUUGAACUGAGGAUUUGGUGUUUGUUUGCAUGCAACUUUAAGUCAUAGGACAAAUAGCUUUUAUUUACUGUAUUUGAACCAUUGCAUAAUAUUGUCAGAGCCUCACCAAUACAUUUGUUGUAAAAUGUAAACAACAAAACAUAUUUUCACGUUGGUAUUACAUUUUGACUGAACUUGACUGGCCUGCGCUGAGGUUCAUUAAAGGACAGGUGGUCCUAGUCUUGCACCCAUCAUUAUGAGUGCAGUGUCGAACAGAGAAUGAGCAAAUAUGAGAUCUCAUUCCAACCAUUUCAAUUGAUAGAGACGGCAGUUUGUUCUUAUAGCUGAAUGAUCUCUGGAACAUAAUCACUUGGAUCUCUCACGGAACAUAAUCACUUGGAUCUCUCACAGAACAUUGCAGAUAGACCUGGAAAGUAUAGAACAUACAUUAACUGCUUAACAGAGUCAUUUCCUGUCUAUACAGUCCAUUUCUGUUCACUCUGAAUAUACUCCUGCUGCUUUAUGCCUUGAAAUGUAUGAAUAUGGUUACUGGAUGUUCUUUGCAAUGUGAGUGAAUGACAAUGGAUGUUCUCUACAAUGUGAAUUACUCGCAAGGGCCGUGCACAGUCAACAUAGACAUCUGAAGCUACACUGAUAGGACCUUAUCCACUUUAGUCUCAGAAUAUACUCAAACCUACUCCUCUCCCAAUAGCUUAUUGGCUGGUUUGCCUCAAAGCAGGCUAGGCAUGACCAAAAUAUAAUUGUAUCAAUGUGAUUCUCAAGAUUAGGCUCCUGGUUGACAUAUGGGGCCCUUGCACAUUGACUUAGUAGCCAUAGUAUGGAAUGCAGUUGGCUGUCAAUGAAACAACUUCAUAAUAGGAAACUGCAUGCUGAUUUGAACUUGAGUGGGUGAAUUAGAACUUAGUUAUUUUACCUUUUGCUUCUAUGGUGCCUCAAUUCAAUUUCAAUCUUGUGUUUUACUAAAGCAUGGGAGCAUGGCAUGUGUGCAUCAUGUAUUUUCAUUCAAAUCAAACUGUACAUUGGAUUCCCAAAUCCUGCUCAAUAAAAAUGUUUCUGUAAAUGUU